AUGUCUGGGGUCUGGGUUUUCGGCAAGAACGGAGUGACGAGGCUCAUAACAAACCCGACAAGGGAAUCCUUCGAGCAGAGGGAUCCACCGCAUGCGGCGGGAACAGCCACCGCUCCCGGUGCCAGACCCAGAGUGCUGGUGUACCUGCCAAGCAACCAGGUGAUUCGUUCCUACGAUGAGCUGGAAGAGCGACUCGCCGAACUCGGUUGGACUCGCUACCCUAACUCGGAAAACCCUGAGCUCAUCCAGUUCCACCGAUCUGACUCAUCCACACACCUCAUCUCACUCCCCAAGAGGUUCUCCAAGUUGAAGAAUUUCCACUUGUACGACAUCGUUCUCAAGAACCGUUCCUUCUUUCAGGUUCGUGACCCCACCACUCCGCAACACCAUCAACGUUAA